AUGCUGACUGCAAAGAGAGCGCUAUUUGCAGGAUUUCGGGCUUAUAUCCAAACACAGCGACCUCUGGCACGGGGAGAUUUUCAAAAGCCUUUACGCCUGGCCGCUGGCGUUGUUUCACAAUACCCGUUUACAAGUAGCGCAACACAGAUGCGCCACCGGCAUCGUGAGUUCGAAGUGGAUGGCCCGUUCCAGGAAGAGCUAGACGAUCUUCGGCAUGAAGAAGAAGAAGAAGAGUAUCUUGAUGGAGAAAAUGAGGAAGAGUUUGUUGAAGAGCAUGAGAUGACACCUGAAGAGCUUGAAGCCGAAAUUCCAUACGACGAGUACUUGUACAGCAACGAGGGCCGAAGACUGAAAAAGGAUUCUGAGGCCGAGCUACGGGCCAACAAAACACGAGGACAUGGAAGCACUCGUGGAGCUCAUAAGCGUGAAGAAGUGGAGAACAAUAUGAUCUACUACGAGGGCUCGCCCACUGGCAUGGAGCGACUCAAAGAUCUGUCUGCAGAAGACAUGAAGUACGUUGGUCCUGAUGGGUCAUUAAUUUUGGAGAAGCUUGGAGAGUCUGGAGAAGAUCGAGACGAGCCGAUUAUUCCUGUGCGAGAGAUUGCGUAUCGUGUGCCGUACUCUGUUGAGGGGUACCGGAAUCGGCAAAGGGUGUUUGAAGGGUUUGAUCCCGAUGCGUCGAACCCGACAUCUCAGUUUACUGAUGUGAAAAUUGUGAAACUGGAAUCAGGUAAAGGUGGUGAUGGGAAAGUAUCGUUUUUCAGGGAUGCUGGGCGAUCCAAGGGUCCACCUGAUGGAGGCGAUGGUGGUGAAGGUGGGUCUGUUUAUAUUCAAGCGGUAGAGGGUGAGACUUCAUUGCAUAAGAUCCGGUACCAUUAUAAGGCAGAAGAUGGCAAAGGUGGAUCAAUGACACAGUUGAAUGGCCGAUCCGGGAAAGAUUUGCUGUUGCAGGUUCCAGUGGGAACAGUGGUACAUUGGAUUCCAGAUCCCAAGGAAACUUUUGAGAGAUGGAAGACACACCAGAUUGAACAAGCGUACGAAGCUAAUAAGAAGAAAAAUAGCGCCAAGGACAAUGAUGACGAAGAGGAUGUGGAUAGUGAUGUUGUUGAUGGACUGUUUCAAAGCGAAGAGGACAAAAAGAAUGGUGUGUGGCUGAAUAAUCAGUUAUACGUCAAGGUACCAGUUGUUCAAGAGAAGUAUGACCCUGUUCCUCUUGGGAUUAAACUAAAUCGGCAUGUAUACAAUGAUGGUGAGGGGUGGUUGUUCAAGGAUAAGGGUGAAGCGUAUCACUUUGAGCGAGAGUAUUUUUUGGCACUAAGAGCACGAGUUGCUCGGUUUGAUCGCGGUGCGCGAGCACAAGAAGAGGCCGAGGAUUAUUUCCCACUGGAUGGACUUGAUUUAAGCAAGCCGACGCCGCCGAUUUUGUUAUUACGCGGAGGCAAAGGCGGACUUGGCAAUAUGCACUUUUUGACUCAAAUGAUUCGAAAUCCUCGGUUUGCGAAGCGGGGGCGAGCUGGAACCGGUGGGUUUUUCCUGUUGGAAUUAAAACUGCUUGCAGAUUUGGGAUUAGUUGGGUUGCCAAAUGCAGGUAAGUCAACUUUGUUGCGAGCGAUUUCGCGGGCACGGCCACGGGUGGGGCAUUGGGAGUUUACAACAUUACGGCCAACUAUCGGGACAGUUGGGCGGGGGAUUGCACAACCUGCAUUUACGGUUGCGGAUAUUCCAGGAAUUGUGAAGGGAGCUCGACGGGAGAACCGCGGCAUGGGGUUGGACUUUCUGCGGCAUAUUGAAAGGUCUGGUGGUCUUGUUUUUGUAGUAUCUCUUGAGGAGAAACUGAAGCAGCAGCAACAGAAACAGAAACAGAAACUUGAGGAAGAUCAGUCUGCAGAAGAAGUUGAAGCAGCUGCUGCGGAAGAAAGCUUAUCCGAAUAUAGUGGUGAUAAUGAGUCUAGCGUUAGAGACUUGGAGUUGCUUGUUGACGAAGUAGGAGAGAGGAGAAUGCGUGGGAAGAAAGUUCUUGUUGUUGCAACCAAGGCAGAUUUGGAGGGGAGCGAGGCACGGUUCCGAUCUCUUGUUGGGUACUGUAAAGCUCGAGGAUGGCAGGUAGUUCCAUGUAGUGGGAUGCGUAAAGAGAAUAUUGAGCCGGUGAUUAGGGCCAUGGGCGGGAUAAUUACGGCGUGA